UGCGCCAGUCGCCCACCGGUUGUAGCCAUUCGCAGUCCGAUUUUCACCAGCUAACAUUUGCGGAGAUCGAUAGAUUAAAGAUCCACCUGUUACCACGAUGAACCGCCGACUUCCAGGAACCUUUAACCAGUGCCAGAGGCACCUCUUUGCCUCCAGCCAUCCAGUUUCACCUGCCUUCUCCACCAGAUUCCUUUCCACAUCGCGAGUGAACCACGAACGGCAAGAAUGUCAAGUUUUGGUGGUGGGCGGAGGAACUGGUGGCUGUGCCAUGGCCGCCAAGUUGUCCUCGCGUCUUGGCAGCAACAAGGUGAUCGUCCUGGAACCAGAAGAUAAACACUACUACCAACCCAUGUUUACCCUAAUUGGAGGAGGUAUGAAGCGAUUGGAUCAAAGUUACAGACAGAUGGCUGAUGUCCUGCCCAAAAAGGCCAAGUGGGUGAAAGAAAAGGCAGUGGAGUUCGACCCAGAUAAUAAUACGGUUAGCACUUCGGGUGGCAAGACGAUCAAGUACGACUUUCUUGUUAUUGCCACAGGAUUGCAACUUAAGUAUGAAAAGAUUCCUGGAUUAGUGGAAGCCCUGGAGACCCCGGAGAGCAAUGUCUGUUCCAUUUACUCGCCCAAGUACGUGGAUCAGGUGUACGCUUGUCUGCGUAGGACAUACAAGGGAAAUGUAAUCUUCACCUUUCCCCAUUGUCCCAUCAAGUGUGCAGGUGCUCCACAGAAAAUAGCCUACAUAUCAGAUCACUACUUUAGGAAGAUGGGUCGCCGCGACGAUGUAAAUGUUAUUUAUAAUACAUCUCUUCCUGUGAUUUUUGGCGUAAAACAUUAUGCGGAUGCAUUGAUGAAACUGGUUGAGAAGCGCAAUAUCAAGCUUAAUGUGAAUAGGAACCUCGUAGAAGUCAGACCUAGCGAGAAUAUAGCCGUUUUCGAGGAUUUGGUAAAACCUGGACAACUAUACGAAGAAAAGUACUCCAUGCUUCAUGUGACGCCACCGAUGACCGCUCCGGAUGUGGUGGCCAACUGCAAGCAACUGGUGACCCCAACUGGCUUUGUGGACGUGGACCAAAUGACGCUGCAGCAUAACAAGUACACCAACGUGUUCUCCAUCGGCGAUUCUGCUUGCACACCCAAUUCGAAGACGGCGGCUGCGGCAGCUGCCCAGUCUCCGGUGGUCUUCAAGAAUUUGAUUGCGGUGAUCGAGGGAAAGGCACCAACCGACAUCUAUGACGGAUACUCUUCCUGUCCCAUUGUCACCGGCUACAAUUCCUGCAUUCUGGCGGAAUUCGACUAUACUCUCACGCCCGUGGAGACCUUCCCUAUUGAUCAGGCCAAGGAGCGGUAUUCGAUGUUCUUUAUGAAGAAGGAGCUGAUGCCGGUGCUCUACUGGAAGCUAAUGAUGAAGGGUUAUUGGAACGGACCGGCAUUAAUGCGAAAAAUGUUCUCCAUUCUUAAUUUUAAUAAAAAGUAACAGUGACCUAAAA